AUGCUCGAGCACAGCUGCUAUCUGGCCGCGGCGGCGUCUCCAGCUGCGGCGGCGCGGCUGGGCACGGGGGCAGGAACGGCCCGCGACGCCGUAACUUCUUUUAUUCUUUUUUUUUUUAUUGUUGUUCUUUCAGGGAACAGACAUGGACUGUUAGUCCCAAGCAGUACAACAGACCAAGAGCUUCAACAUAUCCGCAAUAGUCUUCCAGAUUCUGUACGAAUUCAGCGAGUAGAAGAGCGACUCUCAGCUCUGGGCAAUGUCACUACUUGCAAUGACUAUGUAGCUCUUGUUCAUCCAGAUCUUGACAGGGAGACAGAAGAGAUCUUGGCAGAUGUGCUAAAAGUUGAGGUUUUCAGGCAAACGGUAGCAGAUCAGGUGCUGGUAGGAAGUUACUGUGUUUUUAGUAAUCAAGGAGGAAUUGUGCACCCCAAAACCUCAACUGAUGAUCAGGAUGAACUCUCUUCAUUGCUUCAGGUCCCACUUGUGGCAGGAACAGUGAAUCGUGGCAGUGAGGUAAUUGCAGCAGGAAUGGUUGUAAAUGACUGGUGUGCCUUUUGCGGGCUGGAUACAACCAGUACUGAACUCUCUGUUAUUGAGAGUGUCUUCAGAUUGAAUGAAGCUCAGCCAAGUACCAUUGCUACAAGCAUGAGAGAUUCCUUGAUUGACAGCUUGACAUGAGAAGUGUUGGUUCCUGCCUUCCAGGAAGCUCCCAAGGAGUGAAAUGUCAGGCUGCACUUUGGAGUACAAACUUCUAGACCUUCUGCUGCAGGCCUAGCACAAGGAAGAGGCUACAAACCCAACCUUUUAUAGUGUUUUGUAAACUAAGUAUUACAAAACUGACAAAUUGUAUGUACAAGUUAUAAAUAAGGAAUGUUCUGUAUCCCUUUGCUGACAUUUUCCAGUUCUUUAACAAUAGAGCUCUUUCUCCCUGUGAUGUUGAACUAGGCCCUCAAAAUAGUCCACAAUAUUUACUCUUAGCUUUGGGGUAUUGAUCAUUAGAGAUUAUUUUGCCUUAAAUAACGCAUCAGUGUUCUGUUGUGCAGCAGUCUGUUUCAGCACACAUACAGCACUGCCUUCUCUUUCCACACUUCUGCUGUUCCUGUACCAAAAGUGUCCUGAGUUUACUUGCCACAGAAACAUUCAGAAGGCAUGAGCUGCUCUCUUGCCCUGACCUGUGGCUGUUCCCAUAGGGCAGGGAAAGGUGAUUUCUAAAGUGAGAAGCGAUCAGCUCUGUUGAAGAAUGGAGUUUCUCAAAGAAGUCAAUUCAGAGACUUAAAACAGCAACAAAGUGUGAACUGCCUCCAGAACAGUGGGUUUUGAUCUACACAUGCCUGGUGACCUGUGUGCUGCUCCUGAGGCAUCUGCAAGGGAGAGCCUAGAAAAGCAUGCUACUGUCAGUAGGCUUAAACUUUCUCUACAGGAGUUGGCCACCUACACUGGGGAAUUCUUAGAAGUUGAGAAUCAAAAUAGAUUGAAAUCCACUCCUCUUGAGUUAUCACAUAGAAAAAAGUUAAGUAAUCCAGUUCUAAGCAGUUUCUCCAUUCAGUCAUACAUUUCAGAUUUGGGACCUGACUAAUGGAGAGCAUCUGCUCUUGUCAGGGAGCAAUGAUGAUGAAAAAGAGCUUUAGAUACUGCUUUCAGAUAUACGAUAGUCAUUUACUUUUAAACCUAGCUGUUGUUCCUUAAUCUCUCAUUUCUGCUUGCCUGUUAAAGGUGUGUUGAAGGCAGAGGAAUGCCUCUGCUUCCCAUCCUAGGGGGAUGUAGAAGCAUCUCUCUUGAUUCCACACAGCAGCACUACUCUCAGUUGGUUUUCCUGGAGGAGGUGGAGUACUGUCCUGAACGCAGUGUAGACAUAGCUCUUUUUUGGCCCUGGUGCUUCAGGCUUUGUAGAAUAUUAAACUUUCAUUUUGGUUUUGCUCUUUGGAUGUUUACGGAAGGAUUUACAAGCUUCUGUUUGAUUAAAGGAUGUUCUUUAAAUAAGGAUUGCAAUAGGAUCUUUUCUGAAUCUGCAAUCUGUCUGGAAUGGUAACUGAGCCUGAGGUUGCCAUUUUCAAACUCCUCACCUUCCCUCUGCCGUGGGGGAAGCCUGUAAGCAGCCCAUAGCUCUCCUUGCUACUAUUUGGCUAACAAUUUUAGGGUUUUAUGGCCCCUUUGAUAGACUGGACAACCUUUCUUGUCACUGACUCCAGAUCUUCUCCUCUUAGUAAUUCUCAGUAGUGAGAGCUAGAAGCUGCUUUCCUUCGCUAGCUCACAGGGCUAUGUCAUUAGAAGUAAAAUGGUGGAGCCUGCCCAUUGUUCCAAGUGUUGGCAUGUAUUCAUCACAACUGUGAAAAUGAAUAAAGCUGAGGCUUUCCUCUUUUUCGUCUGUUAA